AUGUCCGGCCUUGAGCCCAUCGCAGCUUUAGGCCUUGCCUGCAACAUUCUCCAGCUUGCAGAGCUGGGGAAGAAGACAAUCGACCGCAUCAAGGUAGUCUAUCAGGGCGGAAAGCCAGACGAAGAACUCGAACAAGGCGCUGCUGUCCUGGAGGAACUGGCAAAGGAGUUAAAAAAGCACAGCCAACCUGGACGGAAGAAGUACGAGGAGAUCCUACUCAAAUCAGCCACUACCUGCGCUACUGCAGCAAGCGAUCUGGGCGAGGAACUGCGUUUCUUGUUUGAAAAUGCAAGGAAGGGGAGCCUCGUGUCUGCGCUCAAGGUCACGACAAGAGUCGCCUGGCGACAACGCCGAUUGGAAAGAUUGAGGCGGAACCUAGAUGCGGAGGACAACGGAUGCAAACAAGCCUUUUGGCGCAAGUGUGCAAUCGAUUUGUUCCAGAUCCCCUACACCAUCUAUGAUGGACAUCCGCUUCCCACGUGCUCUUCUUCGUCUUUCCAGUCACCUGUCUACCCUCUUGGUAUCCUCUCUUUCGUUCAAAACAUCUUCAGCUUGCAGCUAAUAGUAUCUGAAUCGAUCAGGUCAAGUACCAACGCAGCUGGCGUUGAGUUCACCGGCGUGAGACGGGAGCUCCGUUUCUUUAUCGAACAGUACAGACAAGGCCGACGAGAAACGACCGAGCUAGUGGCUGCAGAAGGUCUGAACACACGAAAGCACAUCUCAGUUGAGGCCGAACGAAUCAACGAGGCAGUGGGGUUGGUCGACCAAAAGGUGGAUCGCCUCACUGCACUGGAAGGUGCACAGGUGGACGAACGAGUCCGCGAGCGUUUCCUCGAGAGCCUGAAAUAUCCAGGGUUCAAUCAGCGUCGAAAUCAGAUCGACGCUGCCUAUGGCGACACAUUGAAGUGGAUAUUCGUCGGUGACAACGACGAAGAGUCGAACGACGAUUCCGGCUCCGAUGAGUAUGACGACUCUUAUGGAGAUUACGACUCCGACAGCAACGAGCCUGGUGAAGUGGAUGACGAAAUGGAAUUGGACCAAGGUCACAACUCCGACGAAGAACAUAUCUCUGACCACAAUAUGGGCGAUUAUGGACAGCAUGACUCCCGAGACGCAUUCAACACCGGGGCAAGUGACACCGCCGGCGAAGCAUCCUGGAGCACUGUCUCAGAUUCGAAUGUCACUGACUCGGAAGAAGAAGAGAAUCGCGACCACGGAGCUUUCUGGAGAAUCAAGUGGGAUAGCUUCUCGAACUGGCUCAGCUCGACGGAUGUCAUCUACUGGAUCAGCGGAAAGCCAGGCCCAGGCAAGACGACAGUGGUCAAGUACAUUUUGGCUGAUGAACGGACAAAGAAAUACCUCAAUAUUUGGAGUCCGGGCUGUGCGAUUGUAUCCCAUUACUUUUGGCUACCAGGCUCCCCGAUGCAGAGAAACAUGGAAGGUCUCCUCAGCUCGCUGCUGUAUCAGCUACUGGAGAAUGACUCGAACGCGUCUAUGCAGAUCAUGUCAUCUGUUUCGGGCCAGAAAAGCUCUUACACGGAUUGGUCCAGCGCUGAGCUUCAUUUGGCAUUUAUAAGGACGUUGGGCUCGUACGAAAAUGGCGUCUGCUUAUUCUUGGAUGGCAUCGACGAGAUCAAACCAGAGGAUGGGACUAAGGACGGCAUUCCAGAGUUUCUGGACUGGGCCAUUGAGCUGUCACAGAGGAGCAAGAUCAAACUAUGCCUGGCAAGCCGGCCUGAUCCCCAUAUACUGGAGACGCGAUUGUCGAGGUAUCCACGACUACGACUUCAAGACCUGAAUUAUCAAGAUCUGAUGGCAUAUGCAAAAGGGCGCGUCAAGAUUCCUGAGGAGGCCAUUUCUGCUGAAAAGAAUGACCUCAUCCAACAAUUAGCCGACAAAGCCGAAGGGGUAUUCUUGUGGCUCAUUCUUGCAACAAAGAGUGUCAACGAGGGAUUCAGGAAUGAAGAUAGUGUUUAUGUCCUGCAAGAGAGAGUUCACCGUUUGCCUCAAGGCUUGGACGGCUUAUACAAAGAUAUGUGGGCAAGAGCCGGCGCGGACAACCCAUCUGAGUACCGUCAGACCGCCGCACUUUAUUUCAAGAUGCUUCUUGCAUCGAAAGUCGCCAUGGAAGAAAUUAAUGCUUUUGACAUCAUGCUUGCGACAACACGCCUUGCGGACAGAGUGUUGCAUGCCCUGGCCGACCGGUCGAAGCUAGUUCGCGAGGACGACAUGCUGCAACAGUGCAGAGAAGUGGAGAAGAAGCUGAACAUAUACUGUGUUGGGCUGAUUCAAACGGUAUCUGCCGUGAAUAACGCAUACGUGUCCGGUUGCAGCUGGUAUGGGCACAUAUACGACCGAAUAUUCCGUGUGGCAACCAGGACAGAAUUGGAGUUCAUCCACCGGACCGCUAGCGACUUCCUUACCGACACAAAAUCGGGCCGCGAGAUACUGGGUUUCGACACCUCCUCCGAUUUCUCCAUCCAAUGUCGGCUCCUAUACGCACGACUGGCAAGUCUUGCACUAGUUCCUCAACUCCUCACCCAUGCGAGCUAUUUGGCCCAUGACUUGAGAACCACCCUCAACAGGUGGAGGCACAAUGGUAGAGAGUUACCGCUGAAUUGGAACCGACUCGUGUCGCUCUGA